AUGGGGCUAGAGUGCAAUGGCCCCAUUUGGGUCAUUGAUGACCUGAGCCAUUGUUUUCAGCGCAACUACCUUCAGACCCUCUUCCCCCUCCUAUUCUGUGGUCUUUCACUCCUCUUGAUCAUUUUAUACAACACAUACCCGCGACUGGCGAAUUGGCGGCGCUCUGGUUACGCCUCCUUGGCUAAUGCGAAUGGUAGCGCAGGCCCCGAUAGCCUUGACGAACAGGAAUUCGCAGAAGAUGAUGUCAACCAUCUCAUUCUCCACAAGUCUGCCAGUCGCAUUUCUCAUGGCGACUUUGAAGUUAGCCAUCCGCGAGGACAGCUUUUUCUAGUAAUCGCCGAGCUCACUGGUCUUUUGGCUGAAAUAGCCGUCUCCAUUGCAUUUCUUACCACUGAUGCCUGGAGCCGCAAUGCUACCACAGCUGCUAUCGCCAAACUGAUAUCAUGGUCAUACAUUUUUGUUCUUGCUGCUGUGCGCUUCGUACUCUCGGCUUUGGAUAAACAAACUAAGCCGCGUCUGUGGAACCAUACCACUUCUCUGUAUGGUAUCCAGUGGUUGUUGAUCGUUUUUGUCUUCCGCUCGGAGAUCAUUCACCCACAAUCGAGGCUUGCUCUUAUUCUGUCAUCGACCGAAUUCGCCAUUUGCUCCUUCUUACUCAUUCUUUCGACCACCACCCGAAGGGGAAACAAGAGUGUUCUACUGCAGCGCGAAGAUGGCCUAGAACCCCCCCACCAGCCCUACGCCAGCAUAUUAUCCCUCCUGUCUUUCUCGUGGAUUGGCCCAUUGAUUUGGAAGGGCUAUUACCAAACAUUAGAGCUGGACGAUGUAUGGAACUUGACUGUAUCGCGACAUGCCGGUACUGUUUUGAACGAUUUCCGCCACCAUUACAAGAACUACAAACUGGUCUGGAGAUUGUUGCGUUAUUUUGACAAAGACCUUAUCGUCCAAGCUGCUUGGACUGUCUUUUCAAAUCUCUUCACUUUCAUCCCCACCUUACUUUUGAAAGCGAUUCUCGAGUAUGUCGAAGACCCUCGUUCCAUUCCUGCCAACGCUGCGUGGCUGUAUGCCAUUUUACUGUUCGUUUGCGGUACCAUUCAAGGCAUUGCCGACGGUCAGGCUCUCUGGAUCGGUCGGAACAACGUUGGCGUCAAAUUACGCGCAAUCAUCAUUGGUGAGAUCUAUUCCAAGGCAUUGAGACGCAAAGCCGGUGCAGCUACCGAGACUCAGGAGGAGUCCAAGGACAAGAAGAAAUCGGACAACAAAGAUGAAAAGAUGAGUACUAUCGGCACUAUCAUCAAUUUGAUGGCUAUCGACUCCUUCAAAGUUAGCGAAGUCUGCGCUUAUCUGCAUUUCUUGUGGGCGAGCGUACCAGUACAAGUGAUCAUCGCCAUUGUUCUGCUAUACCGGGUCCUCGGUUUCAGCUCCUUCGCCGGCAUCGCGCUUAUGGUCCUGAUAUUGCCCGUCAAUGUCUGGAUCGCCCGCAGUUUCCGCAAUAUUCAAAACGAGAUUCUCUCCAAAACCGAUGCUCGUAUCCAUACAACGAACGAGGUGCUGCAAAACAUUCGUAUCAUUAAAUAUUUCGCUUGGGAACGGCGAUUUAAUGAUAUUGUCAAUGAGAAGCGGAAAGAAGAGCUCCGGUCCCUGCGCUAUAGAUAUAUCAUAUGGUCUGCCGCUGCAACAGUCUGGUACGGCACUCCGAUCCUGAUUACUUUCACUUCCUUCUUCCUGUAUACCGUUGUCGAAGGGAAGCGAUUGUCUCCAUCUAUUGCUUUCCCAGCGCUAUCAAUGUUCUCGCUCCUUCGUGUGCCAUUGGACCAACUGGCAGAUAUGAUGGCCCACGUACAGGAAGCUAAGGUAUCUAUUGAUCGUGUCGAGGCUUUCUUGAAUGAGGAGGAAACAGAAAAGUACUCCCAGCUACUCGGCGAUUCACGGCAACCAGGUGAAUCGAGGAUUGCACUUGAGGAUGCUACUUUAACAUGGGGUGCCAAGUCUACCUCUGGUGCUCCAGAUGCUCCAGAUGCGUUCCGACUUAUCGAUAUCAACGUGUCAUUCAAAAUCGGUCAGUUGAAUGUAAUUGCUGGAGCAACUGGAUCUGGCAAAACCUCGCUUCUCAUGGCUCUCUUAGGAGAGAUGAGGCUUUUGGAUGGCCGAGUCUAUCUUCCCGGAGUAACAACCGACCGUGCCUCACUUCCAGUCGACCCGGAGACAUCUCUCACUGACAAUGUCGCAUAUUGUGCCCAAGAAGCCUGGCUUGUAAAUGCUACGAUCAAAGAAAACAUCCUUUUUGCAUCCCCCUUCGACCAAGAACGCUACAAUGCAGUCAUCAAAGCAUGCGCUCUUGAGCGCGACUUGCAAAUUUUGGAAGCAGGUGACCAGACGCUGGUAGGUGAAAAGGGUAUCAGUCUUUCUGGUGGUCAAAAGCAACGUAUUUCUCUCGCACGUGCAGUGUAUAGUCGCGCUCGCCAUUUGCUACUUGAUGACUGUCUCAGUGCUGUUGAUUCACAUACCGCCAAACAUAUUUUCCGCGAGGCAUUCACAGGUUUUCUCAUGACCCAUCGUACUUGUAUUCUUGUCACUCAUAACGUUGCGCUUGCUGUCCCACAAGCACAGUAUGUUGUCGUUAUGGACAAUGGUAGAAUAUCCAGCAAGGGAACUCCCGACGAGGUAGCAGCAUCGGGUGCGCUCGGAGAGGAACUUAUGAAGUCACGGCCAACGUCAAGACCGGGCUCCAAGGGCCCCUCUCGCACUGCGUCUGAUCUGGAAGAACAAGUCGAACAGUCCAACGGACUGAGCAACGGUCAUGCAAAUGGAGCAUCGAAGCCUGCCCCUGGUGUCAAAGAUCCGCAAGGCGAAGCAUCCCCUGCCAAGCUUACAGAAUCAAAAGCUACUGGUAGUAUCAAAUGGUCGACUAUACGAAUGUAUUUGUCUUCUAUGGGGCCCUGGUACUACUGGAUUUUUGGUAUCGGUGCCUUUGUAGCUCAACAACUUGGCAACGUGGCAACCAAUAUAUGGAUUCGACAGUGGGCAAACGCGUACAACGUCCAACAAGAUGAGGCAACAGACGUGGGUGACUAUGCGAUGAUGUCAAAUUUCAAACUUCCAUCCUUCGUGACAGGUAGUGUUCCGCGUACAACCUCUUGGAACGGGGUUCAUCCGAACGUCAUGCAAACCGAAACUGCUGAUAAUGGUGUCAACAUUGGGUAUUAUCUCGGUAUCUAUGCGCUGCUCGGCCUCGUCUAUGUCUUGAUUUCAAUGUUUAGAGAAUUGGUUCUCUUCUGGGGCUCACUGCAUGCCUCGUGGAAGCUGCACGACGGAUUGUUGAACGCUGUGCUUCAUGCCAAAUUCAAGUUCUUCGACUCGACACCUUUAGGCCAACUGAUGAACAGGUUCUCUAAAGAUGUCGAAGCCAUUGACCAAGAAGUCGCUCCUGUUGCAAUUGGUAUGCUUCAUAGUCUCGCAUCAGUUAUCAUGAUCAUUGCACUUAUCUCGUUUAUUACGCCUGGUUUCUUGUUUGCCGCGGUGAUCAUCACCUUGCUAUUUUCUGCAGUUGGCGCAAUUUACUUGAAUGCAUCGCGUGACUUAAAACGAUUAGAAUCAGUACAGCGCAGCCCGCUCUAUCAGCAGUUUGGCGAGACAUUGAAUGGCAUUGUCAGCAUUAGAGCGUACGGUGAUGCCCAACGAUUCAUGAUUGACAACCACCGCCGUAUUGAUUCAUACAACCGGCCGCAUAUCUAUCUGUGGGCCAGCAACCGAUGGCUAUCUUUCCGUGUGGAUAUGAUUGGUGCACUUGUUUCAUUCCUUUCCGCUGCGUUUGUCUUGACGAAUGUUGGCCGAGUCGACGCAGGAGCUGCCGGUUUGUCUAUGACUUACGCGGUUACUUUCACGGAGAACGUCCUCUGGCUCGUGCGGUUGUAUUCCGAAUCUCAACAGAGUCUAAACUCGGUUGAGCGUGUUCGAGAAUACCUGGAAGUUGAACAAGAGGCUGAAAAGAUAAUCGAAGACCGAAGACCGCCAUCAGGCUGGCCCACUAAAGGAGCCGUUGAAUUCGUUGAUUACUCCACCCGGUACCGUCCUGAUCUGGACUGUGUGCUGAAGAAUGUGUCCUUCUCAAUUAAUGCUGGAGAGAAGGUUGGCAUCGUUGGACGUACUGGCGCCGGAAAAAGCUCUCUUGCUCUUGCGCUCUUCCGUGGUCUGGAAGCGAUUAACGGCAAAAUAGUGAUUGAUGGAAUCGACGUUGGCACGAUCGGUUUGCAAGAUUUGCGUGAAAAUAUCACAAUUGUGCCUCAGGACCCUACACUUUUUACCGGCACGAUUCGAAGCAACUUGGAUCCAUUCGGCCUGUUCAGCGAUGAGCAAAUCUUUGUUGCACUGCGUCGUGUCCACCUAAUCACGACUGGAGCUUCCGGGACUGCAACACCAGCAGUUACUCAGUCAGUCGAGGAUGUUUCGGCUGUCCCAGAAAACAAAAACAUUUUCCAAAACCUGGAGUCGCCUGUUGCAGAGUCUGGCUCAAACCUGUCGCAGGGUCAACGCCAACUGCUGUGUCUUGCGCGAGCCCUGCUCAAAAGCCCUCGCGUGCUAAUGAUGGACGAAGCAACUGCUUCGAUUGAUUACGCAACAGAUGCCAAGAUCCAAGAGACGCUGCGCGAAUUGAAGGACAGCACGAUUAUCACAAUCGCUCAUCGCCUGCAAACCAUCAUCGAUUACGACAAGGUGCUUGUCCUGGACCAUGGACGUGUCGUCGAAUUCGACCAUCCAUGGACAUUAAUAAAUAUAGAAAACGGCAGUUUCCGUGGCAUGUGUGAGAAUAGUGGUAAUAUUGAUAGUCUGGUUGAGGGUGCCAAAGCUGCAUGGGAAAGCAAACAACUUGUGGAGACGGACUGA